AUGAAGCUCUCUGGCUACCUUUGCGCGGCAGUCCUGGCCACAGCCGGCCAGGCUGCCAAGGACAAGCCCUUGUACAAGGACCCCAAGGCCUCUAUUGACGACAGAGUCGAGGAUCUCCUCAAGCGCAUGACUAUCCAGGAAAAGACGGCGCAGUUGAUCCAAGGUGACAUGACCAAUUACCUCAACAUAACCGAUGAGACUGUCAACAAGACCGGCAUGGAGUGGAACUUCAAGUACCGCGCCAACUCCAUCUGGACCGGCUUAUACGCCAAUAUGACUACCAUCAAGAAGGCUGCCAAGCUGGGACAGGACUAUUUGGCCAAGGAGACUAAACUUGGUAUCCCUGCCUUUGUCCAGAGCGAAGGUCUGCAUGGCGUUUUGAUCCUCAAUGGCACCAUCUUCAACUCCCCCAUCGGCAUGGGAUGUUCCUUCAACCCAGAGCUUGUCGAGAAGAUGGCCGAUGUUAUCGCUGUAGAGUCUCGGGCUAUUGGUAUCAACCAGCUCUUUUCUCCUCAAGUCGAUCUCGCACGAGAAUUGCGCUUCGGUCGAGUUGAAGAAUGUUUUAGCGAGGACCCCUACCUCGCUGGAGAGAUGGGGUACAGAUACGUCAAGGGUCUUCAGGCUGGAGGCGUCUCAGCCAUGGUCAAGCACUACGCUGCCUUUGCUUCCCCUGAGCAAGGCAUCAAUACUGCCCCCGUUCACGGUGGUGAGCGAGAGCUGCGGUCUCUCUAUCUCCCUCCCUUCAAGCGCGCCAUCAUCGACGGCGGCGCUACCUCCAUCAUGUCCUCCUACAACUCCUACGAUGGUGUCCCAACGGUAUCCGACCCCCACCUCCUCAAUGACAUUCUUCGUGAGGAAUGGGGCUACAAAUACUAUGUCAUCUCCGAUGCUGGAGGCACUGCUCGUCUCGCACAAGCUUUCUACGUCUGUCCUCUCGAAGACGACGAGUGUAUCACUCUCGAGACUCUUCCUGCUGGUAACGAUGCCGAGAUGGGCGGUGGCUACUGGAGUUUUGAGAUCAUCCCAGAGCUUGUCGAGGCUGGCAAGUUGGAGGAGAAGGUUGUCGACACAGCUGUGUCCCGAGUUCUUCGCUCCAAGUUCGAGAUGGGUCUCUUUGAGAAGCCCUUCACUGGUGUUGCAGACGAUAAGAUCUGGGACUAUGUCAACACCAAGGCCCACAAGAAGGUUGCCCGCCAGCUUGACGCCGAGAGUAUCGUUCUCCUGGAGAACCACGAGAACGUCCUUCCCCUGAAGAAGGACGCCAAUGUCGCUGUUAUCGGCCCCAUGGCCCACGGCUACGUCAACUAUGGCGACUAUGUCAUCCACACUGCCAUGACCCGCGGUGUUACUCCCUAUGAUGGUAUCAAGGCCGCCAGUGAGGGCAAAGUCACCUUCACCCAGGGCUGCGAGCGCUGGUCCAACGACGACUCCGGCUUCAAGGACGCCGUGGCCGCUGCUAAAGCCGCAGACGUUGCUGUCGUCGUCGUCGGAACCUGGACUCGCGACCAGAACGAACUAUGGGGCGGAUUGAAUGCCACAACUGGUGAGCACAUCGACGCCAGCAACCUGAACCUGAUCGGUGCCAUGCCCAAGCUCGUCAAAGCCAUCAUCGACACUGGAAAGCCCACUGUCGUGGUGUUCAGUUCCGGCAAGCCCAUCACCGAGCCCUGGAUCUCCGAGGAGGCUGCGGCUCUUGUCCAGCAGUUCUACCAGUCUCAAGAGGGUGGCCAUGCUCUCGCUGAUAUCCUGUACGGCAAUGUGAACCCCUCUGGCAAGCUCUCAGUCAGCUUCCCCUACGACGUCGGCACCACGCCCAUCUACUACGACCACCUUAACUCAGCACGCGCAUACCCCAACCCAGGCAAGAUCUACGAGAACGGGACCCUCAAGUUCGGCAACAACUACAUCCUCGAGAACCCCGAGGCGCUGUACACGUUCGGCUACGGACUGUCCUAUAGCAAGUUCGACUUCUCCAAGAUUUCCGUUUCCAAGAAGAACGUAACAGCGUCCGACACCGUGACUGUUUCUGUGGAUGUCAGCAACAAGUCCAAGCGUGAUGGCUCCGAAGUUGUGCAGCUGUACGUGAAGGACAUGCUCGCCUCAGUCGACGUUCCCCGAUACCAACUCAAGGGUUUCAAGAAGGUCGCUGUCAAUGCUGGCAAGACCAAGACUGUCAAGAUUGAUCUUAAGGUCGAGGAUUGGGGUCUGUGGAAUCGCAAGAUGAAGUAUGUUGUCGAGCCUGGUGACUUUACUGUCUUUGUCGGCAACUCAAGCGAUAACUUUAAGGGAAACGUGACAGUUACAGUCUCGUAA